GGCUGUUGAAAUCCACCAUCAAGCAAGAGACGUUAGCAUCAGCUCUCCCCCUCAUGUGUGAAAAUGUCGCCUAAUUCACACUACCCAUCUGUAACAAGAGAAUUAUCCCCUAGACCUUGUUAGAGAAACUCGCACUAUGACUGAUAGAGAUUGUAUGUACAUGGAAGCGCUUUAACUAGUUAAAUGUUGAAGUUCAUGGGAUCUAUUCCAUUUCAAGGAGCUCCAUCGCUCAUUACCACAAUGCUAUAUCUUCUGCCUGGUCUUAACAUUGCCAAAUCCAUCAAUGCGCUACUUCUUGUCCUUUGUGACACCUUCCUGCUAUCGGCCUUUGUUAUUAUUGAUAGUUGCCCGAGUACUCCAGAUCGCUCGUAUUUACAGGCAUGACUGUGCGUAGUCUAGAGCCGAGAGCAUUGAUGUUCAAGCCUCCCUUUGAUCCAUUGUAGAGUUCCGAAUCAAAAGUUCUACAUGGUAUAUAAUUCUACCCUUGCUACCUUACGCGUUCAUUGAACUCAGAGGUUUCGUAUUGUUCCUAUAUGCCGUUAGACAUAGGAAAUUCUCAUCGAAGACAUUACCAUAUCCUUAUUGUUUGAGCCACAUCACGGUAAACGUGUCACCUAGUGUGUGCUGAUAAGAAACGAAGAAAACUUAUUGAUAAAUUAGUGAAGUGAGGAAGAAAGUCCAAUGGUGAGCAGUG